AGACUUCGUUUUCAUACGAGAGGACGCGUCAGAGACUCGAUAGUGUGCAGGACAUUCGGAAGAAGUCUUUGUCGUGAGGGGUGAGACAGGGAGCCGGAGGCAGGGAGAGACAGAGAGGCGAGCCUCGCUGGGGUACUUUUGUGUCCCAGGAUGUUUGUGCCUCUAUCUUUCUUUUUUGUCGACAGGUAACAACGUUCUGCGCCUGUUUCGUUUCGGCGAACUAUCAAGCGCCCGCGAGCGAUUGUGUGUUCCUACCAGUGAUAGAUUAUCCCCCCCCCCCGUCCACCUCUUGUUUUUUUCCGGUUUUCCCGAUUACGCACCACUUCAUGGAGGUGUUGGGGUUGACAGCGUCGAUUUCUCACACUGUCUCAAUCUUUUUUGGGCCUCAGCAGCAGAACUCGAAAGAAGUGAUCGGUGUAAAUUCACAUGGUUGUCUUUCCCUGUUCCAAUGAUGGGGUCAGGUGAACGGCGUUAGUAGCGGACUCGUGUGUGUACGGCGUUCCUGGUACAAAGUGCGGGCUCUACCUGCGUUAUUUUUUUCGUUGCCGCAGAGGGAACGCACAGAUUUAUGCUGUUAUAUCAGCACAAAUGUGACCCGUUGGAAAAUUGUGACUCUUCGGGAGUGAUCGAAAGCCUAAAAUUGGUUUGUUGCGCGGUUUUUCCCUGAGAUGCUGCGCUGAAGGGUAGCAGAAAGCAUGGUAGCCACGAAGCGUCCCGAAUAUAUAUCUCGAUUAGCAGUUGUGCGUGAAAUUGUGUCUUCGUGUGCUGCACAGAGAACACGCAUACACACACACACACGCUUGACACGUGCUGUGCGUUUGGACGCUGUCUGCGCUGCCUUCAUGUUUGUUGGUAAAACGAACUGAAGUGGAACGCGUGGUUGGCAUGCCGUUCUGUUCCGAGACAUCUGAUUUCUUGCGUAUCGGGUCCGUCUUACGUACGCCGCCUUUCCAUUCCCGUACUGUUUCUCACUCCGAGUUCUUCCACAGUGAUGCGAUCGUUUGAGGAGCUCUCUGUCCACGCAUUGUAUCUGCCGGAUUUCCAGUGAAUGCUUCGUGUUUGGCAGAGUUCGAGACGUGGCGUGCACGGAUUUGUCCCUUAUUCUGUGAUCUUUGCGUUUGGCCAGUCAGCGCGCUUGCAGGAAAGGAAUUUGGGGCGAGAUGCAGGUGUCCAUUUCUGUGCCACCACCUGCGUUGUCUUUCGUACCCAGCGGACAGCAGUUCCAGCAAACAAAUCUGCAGCUGUGCCAGGCACACCUCGUGUCACCUCGAAUUCCUACACUUCUCGAGAGCGAGCACUGUGUGUGUGUCGAUCAAUCCCAGCCCUCUCGUGAGUGCCGGUAGUGUCUUUUUUUCCUCCCGCCUCACUACCUGCGAUAUCUGAAGCACAAGUCUGACUGCGAGCGCGGGCUUCUCAGGUGUUUUUGCCUGUGAGCGAGGCAGGCCGAGCAGCGACACCUUCACACCUUAGCGCGGCAGCGGAGUCGCGCUCUGAGACCAGGUGCCACCCUGACGGCCACAUUCACGGUUUGCGUGCAGGUCAGAAACAUCGGAUUCAGCGGUUCCAGAAAAAGGUGGCUGAGCGUGGAAAGCCGCUGUUACGAGGCAGGGGUUGGGGAGCGUCUGAGUCGAACGUGUGCAUGUGCAUGCAUGCAUUUCCUUUCCUGUACCGACGGGAAGCCCCACGCGCGCGGCGAUCGGCGAAAUCUGCUGGAAGAAGAAAUGGGGCUAGACAGUAGAAACGAAGGGGGAUUCUCGCACCACGCGUCGCAGCGCGGGUGGGUGGGACGGCCCGAUGACGGUGAGUGGUAUCGGAGAGAGCGAGGAAACAGUGACGAUUUCGACCGGCGGCAGCAUGCAGCCUCGCGAUCCGGAGAUUACACACCAUCGGGCGGGCGCAUGCACAUGAGAGGUCCCAGCUAUUCACCCGACCGAAGAGUCCAGGAGAGAUCUGGUGGGCGCGAGUACGCGGGACCCGUGGGCUAUUCGUCUAAUGGAGGAGGCUUGCCUGUGGGCCCGUCUCAGCGACUUUUGGAGGGCGAGAGAUACUCGUCGAAGGAUCCAUUUCACGGGUCUGCAUAUUCCCAUCCGGCGCGUGACGCCUCAGAUUCACUGCGGCGGCCGCUUGUGGCAGAAAACCACAACAGGGGCACUUGCCACCCUUGUGUGUUCUAUGCUGUCGGGAGAUGCAGAAAUGGAGGAGAGUGCCGAAACUGCCACGAAGAAGAGCACAGCGAUACCCGCAGUCCCCUGUUUGCUCUUGACGUUCUCCACCGGAAGGGACUGUGCAUCGUCUGCAUUGACUUCAAACGGAAGGGCAUCUGCAACGAUCCAGACAGGGCGCACAGAUUGUUGUACUGCCACCACCCGCAGCACCGGCCCAACGCUGGUGACUUCGCAGAAGACAGAGGAAGAGACAGCGCUGCCUGCACGGGCGGCCCACGUAGAGCGCUUGAAGAUCUUUCGCCAAAGGUGUACCGUUCAGCUGGUUACUGGGGAGAGGCGCAUAUUUCAGCAGGCCGAUGCAGGCAGCGGGAGGAGGAAUACGACGACUGUUCGGGACGGGAGAGCGCUCGACGGCGCCUUUUGUCUCCGGAACUAUGCUCGCGAGGAUACGGUUCUUCUAUGCGAGCGUAUUCCGGGGUCGCUGGCGGAUCCAAGUGCAUGUCGCCUCCGGGCAAAGAUGACUACUGUGGCCACGAGAGAGGAACAGGAGGUGGUUCGGGUGGACGUACGGCGUCCCUGUGUGUCGGCCGAGGCGUGCAGCCGCCGAAUUCGCGGCUACAUCCGCCUCGAGUUUGCGAAGAACGGCGGUGCGUCCCGUGCUCAGUCUUUUUUUCGGAAGGCCGUUGUCGCCGGAUUGACUGUGCCCGGUGUCACGAACCGUGCCACGGCAGUGCGUCUUCGCCUCUUUUUUACCACCGCGUUCUUCACGAUAUGAACCGAUGUGAACCGUGUCGCGCGUUCGCUGAUGGAUGCUGUCCACUCAGUGAUGGUGCCUGUUGUUUCUGCCAUGACCGAAGCCACGCCGGCGAUCGUCUGUCUUCUCUAAAGCCGGCAGCCAUGUACUACCCUGCGCGUCGGGAACCUUAUGAGGCCACUUCGGGUCGCGCAGCAGGCGGGCCGAGUUACAGGGGGGCCCGCGAGGUGGACAGUUUCCGACGAAGAGAGCCAUUAGGUGUGGGACGAGACGGCUUGGACAAGGGCAGUCGAGGUGGAGAUUCUGGCGACCGCAAUUAUGCGUCACGCGGGGGGCCGCGAGUGCAGCGCGUUGAACGAGGAGGCGCUGCCCUGGGGGGUACUCAUCCCGACCGGUGCGUUCCUUGUCUGUGGUAUUUCCAGCACGUGACGGGGUGUGGAAAAGGCCGAGCCUGCUCUGGGUGUCACCACGAAGACCACCGUGACCCGCAAAGCGACCUGCAUCCGUCGAAGCGCUUGCAUGUGCUGGGAAGGUGCGUACCGUGUCGAAAUUACUUCAAAGGCAUCUGUCCCCGUCAGGCUGAAGCUUGUGGCUUCUGCCACCACGAAGAGCACCGGAGCAUGACCGGGAGCAAAGGCGAGAGGGUGCGCGAGGAAGAGCGGAAAGAGCAGAGGGAACAGGAUGGAAGUCGCCAGGAGGAAUGCGGAAAGACGUUGGGGGGUCUGGGAUGUAGUGUCGAGACACCCAGAAACAAAGAGGGCGAAAGCAGGACAGUCUCGGUCACGAGUGGGUCGGGGGAGAAGGUAGACAAAGGCGAACCCGGCGGGCCUGGCGAGUCAGAGGAGCCGCGCGAAGAGGAGAGGAAAACGGAAAAGGAGGCUGACAAAGAGGGAUAUUCGGGCAAACUUGCGAAGAAUGGGGGUACGAAACGCGCAGUGCAUUAUGUACGUCAGAGAGGUCAGAACGAGCCUCGAGCGCACGAACGUGGCGUCUGUCGCCCCUGUGCCUUCUACUUCAUCGGCCCGCAAGGCUGUCUAAAACGGGACCGCUGCCCAGACUGCCACCAUGCCGACCACGCAAAUCCUCAUUCCUCAGCUCAUCCGUCGAAGUUGCUGCACUUGAAGGGCACCUGCAGGCCGUGCAUUUCUUUCCAGCGUGGAACGUGUACAAAGGCUGCGGAAAACUGUGUUUACUGUCACCAUAGCAGUCACCUGCAUGAGGCAUGCGACGACCGUGAGAGUGGGGACAAACAAGAAACGAUGGAAGAAAGUGACCAAGUGGACGCGGCUGAGUUUCCUGUCCAGGACCUGGGUGACGGCCCGGUGUGUUGCCAAGAAGAGCAGCUUGAAAACUCUCCGUGCUGCCAACAACUGCCUGGGGAAAGUUACCCCAUCUCAGACAGGCGUGGAGGGGAAUCAGAAGAGACUCCAGUCGGCGGAGACCGAAGCAAAGUGUGUCUGUGCGAUGAGCAGGAGAUGGACAGGGGGACAGAGUCCACUGACGUCGUUGGGGACCAUGAAACGAAGCCUGAACAACACGCUGGCGGAAAGGGCAACAUAGGCGACGAUGAAACUGUGGCAGGCCAUUCCUGUCCGCUCAUCGUUUCUCCUCGGCCGGAUGACGAGGCCGACAAGGCUCUCGUGACUGAAGAGGGGGCAAACGGUCACAACAUGUGAAGAAAUGGUGCGUGCGGCUGUGCGGCAAAGUGAACUACGAUCUGUACCUCUUAGGACCGUUAUAUGGUGAAAGAAGCCCGAAUGGCAUUCUUCGGACCGACCAAGUCCUCCAGAAGGAGGCGUGCAAAGAAUUCUUUGACUGGUUGCAGCGCGCGCUAGGACGACAAAAUGAAAAGAGUAGCUGGCUCGGAGACCACAGUAAUGUGUUCGUGUACGUUUCACUCCCACCUUGGAAAAGUGUGCAGACUCUGGUGAGGAAAUCCUUACGCCGUCUCCCGCAAAAAGUAUGAGGAGGUACUCAGAGACGGAAGAUAAUUGGUCAACAAUAGGCUCAGAAUUCAGCCCAUGCAACGUCGAAAGGUUGAAAACGCUCCGUGGUCUGCCAGAAUCGUUCACAAAAAACAAUCCGGAAAGUUUCCGCGCCUAGGGCGUGGCAGUGCAGUCGAGGCCCAGAGAUUGACAAUACGGGCGAACGAAUCUGGAUACUCGCUGAAAUGCACUUUCAUGGAUAAUCCGCGCCAAUUCGGAGGACGUGCACUUCUGUCAGCCGAGAGCCGAGCCCCUCGCUACGAGCUGCUGUACUGUCAGGACAGCGCUAUUAUAUGUUGAUGUGGUGACUCACCUCCAGACGCGGAAAGGAGAUUGGGAAUCGUUCGUCGCAGGCCGUGAUGGCGGCUUUUUUGUUGGGAUCUCUUGGCAAGAGCACGGUGAAAGAAUUACAGAAUCGGGGACCACCAGGGGGCUUUCAAGUUUGUGGCUCAGUGCCACGGUGGUUUCGUGUCCGCACAAAAGAGUAUACAACUUGGUAUUUGGUAAAAGUCCGGAAAUAGGCGGUUCCAAGAUAUAUAUAUAUAUAUAUCAUGAAUACAUGUAUAUUCCUACACACUCUUAUGUAAACGCUUAGACAUGCAUAACGUCUCUUCAGUCAUCCUUGGAACACGUAUACGCGGUGGCCAGUGUACACUCUCGCGCUGGAGUGGAUGUUUUUGCUCUGGACGAACCAACGCCGCGGAAAUCUAUUAUUCUAGGAUGUCUCCGGAAAUUCAAUCCGAGAUGGUUCGAUGGAAGCAUGCAAACGUUUGAUAUAAAGCAUAUGCGCGAACACCCAGAAGAAUCACUCCCGUCUCAGAGCACGUAUCUUGCCAGUAUGAGUAGAACGAGGCACAACAAUCGGGUCGAACCUGUCUAGAAGGACGUGGCGACCCCCGCUAUUGUUUAGUGCUCCAUUUUGCCAUGCGUCAUCCAGUCCGCCGCGAUUCGUGCAUGCAUGCUUAUUUACACCCGCCUGAAGAAAUGCUACUGCUCAACUCGGCACAGAAUGCACCUGUAUUGCGCGUAGAGAGGUGCCCGGAGUGAUCAAAACUGAAGCAAGGAAUUGCAAAGUAAGCAACUGAAGAGUUUCAAGUUAUCAACUAGGAAGACUGGAAGGACUUCCGGACGGAUGCAGUUCUGCUAUGUUUGCCGCAGGCGGGCCUUCGGCAAGGGUGACACGACUUGCCCUGACUGGCUGCAUCUAUGUAAUUUACUUCGCGUCUGUUGGAAACAUCGCAUUGUAGUGUUCAAGACUAAGGUGCAGUGCACGAGCGUCUAAGGGGGGACAAUAACUCAAUUGUUUUCCACGUUCGUCGUAAUCGUUGGAUGGGAAUGCUCACGUUUUGGCAUUUGUUGAUGUCGACCUGCUGCAAUAUUGGUCGACAAAGGGACAAAGCGAGCUGUCAGGUGAGUUGGUAGUUACGUCUCCA